GAUAGAUAUUAUUCAAUUGAAUUGAUUCUUCUAAUAAGAAUUAGAAAAAUGGACGCCAUUGUUGGAAACCCUUUGCGUCUAAAAUCAGUGAAUCAUAUCUCCCUUAUCUGCAGAUCAGUGGAUGUAACCGUUGCCUUCUAUGAAAAUGUUCUUGGAUUCGUUUCCAUUGUGAGACCUGGAUCAUUUAAUUUUGAAGGAGCAUGGUUAUUUGGCCAUGGCAUUGGUAUUCACUUGCUGAAGGCAGAAGACCCUGAAAAAAUUCCAAGGAAGAAGGAAAUUAAUACAAAGGAUAAUCAUAUCUCAUUCCAGUGUGAUGGAAGCAUUGAUGCAGUAGAGAAAUAUCUGAAUGAUAAAAAAAUUGUUUGUAAGCGUGCAUUGGUGGAAGAAAAUGGAAUUCAAGUGGAUCAAUUGUUUUUUCAUGACCCAGAUGGAUUUAUGAUUGAAAUAUGCAAUUGUGAUAGUCUCCCAGUUAUUCCUCUAGCUGGUGAGAUUGUUAAUUCAUGCUCUAGAAUCAACCUUGAGACUAUGCCACAAAAGAUACACCAACCUGUAGAAAAAAUUUAAACAUGAUGAGGCCAAACUUCUUAUUUUAUCUUAAUUUUGUGGUGAUGGUGGUGAAUAAAAAAAUAAAAUAAUAAGAAGAAGUUAAUUCAGUAUCAAUGUUAUGAUUAAUUCAUGAGGAACUUUUUUCUUUAAAUUAUGUUUUCUACUUGUCAAUGCCUCACAUUUGGUAAUAUGUACUAGAUUCCUUUGCAAAUCUAAUGAAGUGUAUAUUAAAUAAAGUUGUUCUACUAAUAAGGAGAAUAUAUUAUAGGGAAU